ACAGAGGAGCUGAUGGUCAAGCAUUUAUAGCUCGGCUUUCACUCUGUAUCAAAAUCCUAUCUACCCUUCAAGGCCCAGCAGAAACUCUGACUCUUUCCAUAGCUAUUAAAGUGACUUCAGAAAUGAAGACUCUUCACAACAGCCUUGGAAACAUGGAAUGACACCUCUGAUUCUCUGAAAGUGAUUUCAGCUAGUGAUACUUCUCAUGAAACAAAGCUUGACUAAAAGCCAGACUCUUAAAAUAUGUGGCACAAUGUGAGAGGGAUGGAGGUGAAGUGAACAGAGCAUAUGUAACAGAAAAGACCCAAUUAAUUCUUAGGGAUGGCCUAUUGAAAGUCUCAUUUUUCUGAAACCAAACUUGUGGCUCUUCAGAAGAGUUAUUACUUAUUCAUAAAUAACCAUAUGGCUCUCUUGAGCUAAUAGAAAAUCUGUUUGUUGUUUAUCUGCAUAGCAGAAGAGGCAAAGGAAUUGUAAUGAAAGAUGUAAAGGUAUAGAAUUUCCAUUUAAUAGAAGCCAUCACACCUAACAAUGUAUGUGCAUCAGGAUAUUUUACAGGGGAGACUCAAGAGGCACAAUGCCAAGGAUGGUAUUUCCUGGCAAGAAAAUGUUCUUCCCACCCACCUUUCUAGGUCAAUGUUACCACAUCCCUAGUUUAUUACUACCAAAUACAAAGUUAAAGCUGAAGAGAACCUUACACUAUAUAAAACUAUGGAGUGUGUAUGUGCAUGACUCCAGGAAAAACAGCUUCCAUGGCACAUUUUGUACAGGGCACAUCUAGAAUGAUUGCUGCAGAAAGUUCUACGGAGCAUAAAGAGUGUGCUGAAUCAUCAACAAGAAAGAACUUGAUGAAUUCUCUUGAACAAAAGAUAAGGUGUUUGGAAAAACAAAGAAAAGAGCUCCUGGAAGUCAACCAGCAAUGGGAUCAGCAAUUUAGAAGUAUGAAAGAGUUAUAUGAAAGAAAGGUAGCAGAGCUGAAGACGAAACUGGACGCCGCGGAAAGAUUCCUCAGCACGCGGGAGAAGGAUCCGCAUCAGAGGCAGAGAAAGGACGACAGGCAGAGAGAGGACGACAGGCAGCGCGACCUGACCCGGGACCGGCUGCAGCGGGAGGAGAAGGAAAAGGAACGCCUAAAUGAAGAAUUACAUGAAUUGAAGGAAGAGAAUAAACUUUUAAAGGGAAAAAAUACUCUUGCGAACAAGGAAAAGGAACAUUACGAAUGUGAAAUAAAACGCCUCAAUAAGGCUCUUCAGGAUGCCUUGAAUAUCAAGUGUUCAUUUUCCGAGGACUGUUUGAGGAAGUCUCGAGUGGAAUUCUGCCAUGAGGAGAUGAGAACAGAAAUGGAAGUUCUGAAGCAGCAGGUGCAAAUAUACGAAGAAGACUUCAAAAAGGAACGAUCGGAUCGAGAGAGACUUAAUCAAGAGAAAGAGGAGCUACAGCAAAUUAAUGAAACUUCCCAAUCCCAGUUGAACAGGCUGAAUUCCCAGAUAAAAGCUUGUCAGAUGGAGAAAGAAAAACUAGAAAAGCAAUUAAAACAGAUGUAUUGCCCACCCUGUAACUGCGGCUUGGUUUUCCACCUGCAAGAUCCAUGGGUACCAACAGGCCCUGGAGCUGUGCAGAAGCAACGGGAGCACCCACCAGACUAUCAGUGGUAUGCUCUUGACCAGCUUCCGCCAGAUGUACAACACAAGGCAAAUGGUUUAUCCUCAGUAAAGAAAGUCCAUCAGUAGAAGUACACACUAACAGAGAGAGACAACAGGCAACGAGGGAGCGUGGCUGAGGACCCUCUUCUUUGUUUAUACUGAGGCUUGUUUCUGCCACAAAGGCACAUCAUCUACCCUGUUAUUUGUGCCUGGUCAUGUUUUCCUUUGGCAUGAAUACGGGAAAAGGAUUCUGACAGCUAAGAUCCUGAUCAAAUUGGAGGAGCCAGUUAUUAUACAACCAAAUACAACUUCCAGUUUCCUUGAAAUGAGACUUGGCAGAUGGAUGAUGCACGACUCCCUGAAAAUCUCUUCAGCAUAUUGCUGUUGGAUGCACAAAAAUGAUUCUAUGAUUUAAGCAA